AUAAUUUAUUUUAUACUUAAAAGAUAGUUACUAAUUAAAUAAAUAUUAUCAAUUUAGGUACCAGUAUCCCUGGCAAAGAGAAUAUAGUAUUUUAAGAAAAAACAUAAGUGGCUCUCGUUUUCGGUCGUUUUGUAAAUCAAUGUUGUCUGAAACUGAAACACAAACUUCAAUAGAAUUUCUGAGAAAAACAGAUUCAGAGCCUACUCAAGCAUUAAAGAGUCCUCCAUUAGUCAAAGAAAUGAUGAAGAAGAUGGCCAGUUAUCCUAGUGGAAGCAGUACGAUUGAGAAUGAAUCGUAUAAUCAAAGUAGCAAAAAUAUUAAGAAACAGAUUCCAGUGACUAGCGAAAACGUAAAUCGCAAUCAAAGAUUUUUGUGGUAUAAUCAAAAACAAUUUUCUCAAUCGCCCCCUAAACCUCCAAGAUAUCUUCAAGCAGGAAAAGCUGGUAAAGAGACUAGAGAUUUAGGUAUUCAGAAUGAUAAUCUAAUUGAAGAAGUCCAGGAAGAUAAAAGUGAUCAUAAUUCUUCGAUUUUGGAUGGAGCAGUGGUUGCAGGAAUUGGAAAUGGUUCGGUUGAUUCUGGUACCUCAUCUCCACAUCAGUCUUAUUUAGUAGUGGUUGCUAUAGAUUUUGGUACCACAUACAGUGGCUAUGCGUUUAGUUUUACACAUGAUCCAGAUAAUAUCCAUAUGAUGAGAAAAUGGGAAGGAGGAGAUCCAGGAAUUAUUACUCAAAAAACUCCUACUAUUUUGCUUAUGACUUCAGAAGGAGAUUUUCAUUCAUUUGGAUAUACAGCAAGAGAUUUUUAUCAUGACAUGGACCCUCAAGAAGCUAGGAAAUGGCUUUAUUUCGAAAAAUUUAAGAUGACUCUCCAUAAUAUAGAGAAUUUAAGCAGAGAAACUAGAAUAACAGCAACAAAUGGGAAAUCGAUGUCAGCUCUAACGAUUUUUGCUCAUGCUCUACGAUACUUCAAAGAACAUGCUUUACAAGAGCUAUCUGAUCAAGCGGCCACUCGACUCCUUGACGAUGAUAUUCGUUGGGUUGUGACUGUUCCAGCAAUAUGGAGGCAACCAGCUAAACAGUUCAUGAGGGCAGCUGCUUAUCAAGCGGGAAUAGCAUCUCCGGAUUUUCCAGAGCAAUUACUAAUUGCUCUAGAACCCGAAGCAGCAUCUAUCUAUUGCCGAAAACUUCGUGUUUAUCAGUUAGUUCCUAAUGAACCUUCACCUCAAAAAUUGAUUCAAAAACCCAAUAAUGGAGCUAUGGAUCCUGUGGUAACAGAAACUAAUGGUAUACGCUAUUCUGUUGUGGAUUGUGGAGGAGGUACUGUAGAUAUAACUGUUCACGAAUUACUUGAUCAGCAAGGUACUCUAAAAGAGUUGCACAAAGCCACUGGAGGUCCAUUUGGAUCCGUUGGGAUAGAUAAAGAGUUCUUAACGCUUCUUGAUAAUAUUUUUGGUGAAGAAAUCAUGCUUCAAUAUCGCACAAAGCGCCCAGCUGGUUUUGUCGAUUUAAUGAUAGCUUUUGAAGCUAGAAAGCGAAACGCAAGUCCUUAUAAAAACAAUCCACUAAACAUUUCUUUGCCAUUUUCGUUUAUCGACUUUUACAAGAAAACUAAAGGCUAUUCUGUUGAAGCAGCAAUUCGCAAAUUUAACGAUCCUAAUAUCAAGUGGUCAUCGCAAGGGAUGCUCCGGUUAAGUCAAGAAGCCAUGCUUCGAUUAUUCGAACCAACUAUCAACGCCAUCAAAGAUCAAAUUACAAAAGUAUUGGAACGUAUACCAAAAAUAGCAUACUUAUUUUUAGUUGGAGGAUUUGCUGAAUCUCAAGUUCUACAAUAUGCAAUUCGUGGUGCGUUUUCUCAUAAAUUGAAAGUUGUUAUUCCUCAAGGGGUAAGUUUAGCUAUCCUUAGAGGUGCCGUGUUAUUUGGUUUGGAUCCAGGAAUCGUCAACAUACGCAGAUCACGAAUGACUUAUGGCGUUGGAGUACUCAACAGAUUUGUUCAUGGUUAUCACUUACCAGAAAAAAUGAUAGUGAAAGAUGGUGUAGAAUGGUGCACGGAUGUUUUUGAUAGAUUUGUAGUUGCAGAUCAAUCGGUUGCCCAAGGUGACGUUGUUGUUAGAAGUUACGCUCCGGCUCGUUCUUCCCAGUCUAAAAGUGUUAUUCACAUAUUUUCUAGUAGUUCUCAUAACGUUCGUUAUGUUACGGAUGAAGGAGUGAAAAAAUGUGGUACUUUAGUGUUAGAUUUACCGCGUUCCACUGCAGAAAUUCGAGGAGCAAAGAGAGAAAUUCUAACAAGGAUGAUGUUUGGAGAAACGGAAAUUAAAGUUACCGCUCUUGAUGUUGCUACAGGAAAAUGCGUUCGAGCCGAAAUUGAUUUCUUAAGUUGACUUUUUAAAUAAAUUUAUCAAAUAUAUCUGUAUUAUAAAAUAUUUUAAAUGCCAAUAAACAUUUUAUCAA